CUAAGUUAACUGUCAGGUAAAACUUAGAAACACCGAGAAACUUAGAUAUAAAGGUGGGAUAAUGAUUCGCCGAUCGCCAUAGGUCCGACAGCCCGAUAUUACCGUGCACUGACGAACUUUUUACCUGACUGCACCGGCAGGCACUCAAACAGAUCAACUGUUUAUACCACUAUCGUGUGCUUGAUACAUUUACACAGAACAAAAUAAAUUCACAGGGAUAUAAGCUACCAUUGCAAUAUGAACUCGGCUACCAAACCGGAUUUUGAUGGAACCUUAAAACUAAUUGCUAGGGCCUUAUACAAAAAUGAGGAGAUCGAUGAUCUUGGAUCAGCAUUGGGAUUCACUCCAGCAGAUAUUGGUCGAUAUACUAAUGCGAAUGAAAAGCAGGGCGGGAACUAUAUGGGGACGUUGGACAUGCUCAGGACGUGGCAAAAAAGGCAGACGGUUUCUACGGAAAAAGGGAAUCUGAGAUCCGCACUACUGGCAGCUAAUUUAGUAUCCCUGGCAGAUAAAUAUCUAGGCACACCCGAAAAUGGCCCAACACCACAGGCAUCAAUCCAACCAUCGACACAGGGUGUAACAAGCAUAAAUACGAACUCUGUUGGAAUGAAGGUUACGAAUAAUGACAUCAUAAAGUUGUCGAAACUCAUGCCCUGUGAUUACUUCAACGAUUUUGGUGUUGCUUUGGGAUUCAGCCUUACUGACGCUAAAAACACCUUAACCAGACAUCAAUUGAAUGCUCGUGCUGCGUACGAGGAGAUACUGAAUGCAUGGAGUUUAAAGACAGGUGGACUAAGAAGGGAUCUUGAUAAAGCUCUGCUGGAUGUAGAAUGUUUCGCCCUCAUAGACCAAUACAAGAACUAGAUCCACGACUACAUGAUGCGUUUGUUCGUUUUGGGGAACUGAAAGGAAAAUGAAACAUUCAGAAAAGAUAGCUUGUGCGAAAACAGAAAACCAGAGAAACAGAUCAACGAAAAUUUGACGAAAGUUUGAGACAAAAAUAAUAAGUAAAAGAAAGUUAAGAGCAUUUAAAUUUGAGACCAUUAUUGUAAUAUAGAUCAUCCAAACUGGCAAUGGGACAAUUAUGCGUGAUGUCACAUGUGAAUAACUUUCCCAUUUCUUUUCUAUUUAUUUUACUUAAAAUGCCUAUCACAUCUAUCAGC